CACAUACAAAUUAAAAUGGCUUCCAAACCAGGCAUUCUUACUGAUUGGCCUUGGAAGCCUCUUGGAAAUUUCAAGUUCGUGAUUAUAACACCAUGGGUGGUGCAUAGCAUGUAUACGCUGACAACAAAAGAAGGAGGGGACCCAGUGAACUAUCUCGUAUUACCAUUUAUAGUGAUGAGAAUGGUUCACAACCAGAUCUGGAUAUCUGUCUCUCGCUACCGAACUGCCAAGGGAAACAACAGGAUUGUUGAUAGAGGCCUUGAGUUCGAUCAAGUUGACAGAGAAACCAACUGGGAUGACCAGAUAUUAUUCACAGCAAUCCUAUUCUAUAUAGGGUACAUGGUAUUUCCAUUUGCAUCAAAGCUGCCAUGGUGGAAUACAAAAGGUGUAAUAAUGACAGCAAUAUUGCAUGCUGGACCAGUGGAGUUCAUAUACUACUGGUUUCACAGAGCACUUCAUCACCACUUUCUCUACACUCGAUAUCACUCUCACCAUCAUUCUUCCAUUGUCACUCAGCCUAUCACAUCGGUUACGCAUCCAUUUGCUGAGCACUUAGCAUAUUUCACGCUAUUCGCAAUACCGAUGAUGACAACGUUGAUCACAAGAACAUCCUCCAUUGCUGCACUUUAUGGCUACAUCGUAUACAUCGAUUUCAUGAACAAUGUUGGUCAUUGCAACUUUGAGUUCUUUCCCAAGAUACUCUUUUCCGUCUUUCCUCUCUUAAAGUAUUUCUCUUACACGCCAGCGUUUCACUCGCUGCAUCACACCAAAUUCAGAACAAAUUACUCACUUUUCAUGCCAAUAUAUGACUACAUUUAUGGUACUGUGGAUACAUCGACAGAAACAACAUACGAAACAUGUCUAAAGAAACCAAUGGAGGUUGCGGAUGUGGUGCAUUUGACACACUUAACAACACUUCAUUCCAUUUAUCAGCUACGGUUAGGGGUUGCUUCCUUAGCCUCCAACCCUCAAACAUCAAAAUGGUACCUCCAUUUGAUGUGGCCCUUCACAUUCUGCUCUAUGCUAAUCACUACUUGCCUCCAUGGUCCUGCCUUUCUUUUAGAAACCAACAACUUUCAAAAUCUCAACUUGCAAUCCUGGGUUAUACCCAGAUUUAAAAUACAAUAUUUCCUAAGAUGGCAAAGUGGAACAUUGAACAACUUAAUUGAAGAGGCAAUAAUGGAAGCUGAGUUAGGUGGUGCGAAGGUAAUAAGUCUAGGACUUCUAAAUCAGAAAGAAGAACUUAAUGCACAUGGUGAAGUUUAUAUAAGAAAAUACCCAAAGCUGAAGAUAAAGAUUGUUGAUGGUAGUAGCUUAGCUGCUGCAAUUGUUCUCAACAGCAUUCCCAAAGGGACAAAUCAAGUUUUACUUCGUGGCAAUUUUAACAAGGUUUCAUUUGCCAUUGCCAAUGCUCUAUGCCGAAGAAAUAUUCAGGUAGCUUUAUUGCAUAAGGAAGAGCUGAAGAUGCUUCAACAGAGAGUCACAAAAUCCAAAGGACGCUUUACUCUUUCACCAAUCAAUACUCCAAAGAUAUGGAUCGUUGGAGAUGGAUGGGAUGAAGAUGAGCAAAUGAGUGCAUCAAAAGGAUCAUUAUUCAUUCCUUUUUCUCAUUUCCCUCCAAAGAAAUUCCGAAAAGAUUGCUACUUCCAUUUUACACCAGCAAUGACCGCUCCUCCUAAAUUCAUGAAUUUGCACUCUUGCGAGAAUUGGCUUCCAAGAAGAGUUCUAAGUGCUUGGCGUAUAGCUGGAAUAGUUCAUGCCUUAGAAGGAUGGAAUGUUCACGAAUGUGGAUACACCAUACUUAGUAUUAAAAAAGUGUGGCAAGCAAGUUUAUUCCAUGGUUUUCAACCUCUCAAGAUUCCCCACUCACCAUGAUCAACACUACUACUCUAUUAUAUUACGCCUUGAAUAAUUCAUCGAAAAAACCUGAGAAAUUCAGAGAAUCAAUUCGCAAGGAGAUCAAGGGAGGAGAAUUUAGAUGUUUCUGGAUUUCAUCAUGUAUUAUUGGAAUAAGCAAUAAUAUUAUUAGUUGUUUACAUACAUAUGUAUGGUUU